AUGGGCAACUCCAAUGAUAUAUCCGCUAACAACCUGAAAAUUUCAACCGGAGAUGAUUGCAUUUCUAUUGGCCCCGGUAGUUCGAAUAUUAACAUUUCCGAGGUCUAUUGUGGCCCUGGUCAUGGAAUUAGCAUUGGAAGUUUAGGGAAGUACCAAGAUGAAGGUGAUGUUAAUGGAGUUGUAGUGAGGAAUUGUACCAUUGUGAGGACUACAAAUGGAGCAAGAAUAAAGAGUUGGGCACCUUCACCUCCUAGCAAAGUUUUCAAUGUCACUUUUGAAGAUAUUAAUGUGGAAUAUGCUGAAAAUCCUAUCAUCAUUGAUCAACAAUAUUGUCCUCGCUCAUCUUGUAAUAAAGAGGGUAACUCACAAGUGGAGAUUUCAAAUGUUAAAUUCAUUGACAUAAGAGGAAUUUCAGCUUCAAAAGUGGCAGUUUCUCUGAAUUGCAGCAAAAGUGUGCCAUGCCAAGGGAUUGAGCUAAGGGGUUUAGACUUAAUUUUCAAUGGCCAAGAGGCCACAACUGCAACUUGUUCCAAUGCAAAUAUGAGCUUUUAUGGACAGCAAACUCCUUCUGGCUUUAAGAGUUCUCAAGUUCAUGGUAAAGGUGCUGUGUUCAAUGUUCAAGAUUUUGGUGCCUUUCCAGAUGGGAAGACUGAUAGUAGCCAGGCCUUUUUGAAGGCAUGGAACCAAACGUGUCAAAUCAAGGAAGGAGGCACAAUCUUUAUUCCAACAGGGACUUUCUUGUUGAAUACAGUGACAUUUAAUGGCCCAUGCAAUGGCCAAACUAUUUUUAACAUUAAUGGAGUUUUGAGAGCUCCCUCUGGUGAAAGCAGAGAUGAAUUCUGGAUAUUAUUUCAGCAUAUUAAUGGGCUGACUAUUAAUGGAAAAGGUUCUUUAGAUGGCCAAGGCCCUUCUGCAUGGUCCCUUACAAGCGAUAGCCCAAAUCUUGACGAUUCAUAUAGUAACUCCAACGAUAUCUCUGCUAACAACCUGAAAAUUUCGACCGGAGAUGAUUGCAUUUCUAUUGGCCCCGGUAGUUCGAAUAUUAACAUUUCCGAGGUCCAUUGCGGCCCUGGUCAUGGAAUUAGCAUUGGAAGUUUAGGGAAGUACCAAGAUGAAGGUGAUGUUAAUGGAGUUAUAGUGAAGAAUUGUACCAUUGUGAGGACUACAAAUGGAGCAAGGAUAAAGAGUUGGGCGCCUUCACCUCCUAGCAAAGUUUUCAAUGUCACUUUUGAAGAUAUUAAUGUGCAAUAUGCUGAAAAUCCUAUCAUCAUUGAUCAACAAUAUUGUCCUCACUCAUCUUGUAGUAAAGAGGGUAACUCACAAGUGGAGAUUUCAAAUGUUAAAUUCAUUAACAUAAGAGGAAUUGCAGCUUCAAAAGUGGCAGUUUCUCUUAAUUGCAGCAAAAGUGUGCCAUGCCAAGGGAUUGAGCUAAGGGGUUUAGACUUAAUUUUCAAUGGCCAAGAGGCCACAACUGCAACUUGUUCCAAUGCAAAUAUGAGCUUUUAUGGACAGCAAACUCCUUCUGGCUGUACAUGA